CCCGCGCGGGCCAACGAGAGCCAGCCCAGUGACUCACCUCUGCCGCGCUAACUCUUCGCAGCUCUUCCCUUCACACACGCUCACCCCCGGAUCGAGAUGGCGGCGGCGGCGGCGGCGGCAGCGGGGGACUCAGACUCCUGGGACGCGGACACGUUCUCUAUGGAGGACCCGGUUCGGAAGGUCGCGGGCGGCGGCACAGCAGGCGGGGACCGCUGGGAAGGCGAGGACGAGGACGAGGACGUGAAGGAUAACUGGGAUGAUGAUGAUGAUGAAAAUAAAGAAGAAGCAGAAGUCAAACCAGAAGUAAAAAUUUCAGAAAAGAAAAAAAUAGCAGAAAAGAUAAAAGAGAAAGAACGGCAACAGAAAAAAAGGCAAGAAGAAAUUAAAAAGAGGUUAGAAGAACCUGAAGAAUCUAAAGUGCUAACACCCGAAGAGCAAUUAGCAGAUAAACUCCGGCUAAAGAAAUUACAGGAAGAGUCAGACCUUGAAUUAGCAAAAGAAACUUUUGGUGUUAAUAAUACAGUUUAUGGAAUAGAUGCUAUGAACCCAUCUUCAAGAGAUGACUUCACAGAGUUUGGAAAGUUACUAAAAGAUAAAAUUACACAAUAUGAAAAAUCACUAUAUUAUGCCAGUUUUUUGGAAGCCUUAGUUCGAGAUGUCUGUAUUUCAUUGGAAAUUGAUGACUUGAAAAAGAUUACCAACUCAUUGACUGUGCUCUGCAGUGAAAAACAGAAGCAGGAAAAGCAAAGCAAAGCCAAAAAGAAGAAGAAAGGUGUGGUACCUGGAGGGGGAUUAAAGGCCACCAUGAAAGACGAUCUGGCAGACUAUGGUGGAUAUGAUGGAGGAUAUGUACAAGACUAUGAAGACUUCAUGUGACAUUUUAUCUUCUGGUGUCUCCUUUCUGUUGCCCACAAUCCCUUCAACAUGUAGCACAACCUCCUUUCCUUUCAGUUCUGCCAAAUGCUACAAUCAGAAGUGCAGUAUCUUUGUGCUGGUUAUUUAACCCCUUGACACUCAGGUGCUAAUGUGCAAAUGAGGGAACUUGGAUCUUGUUGCCAAGGGGUUAAAAUUGGGAACCUCAGUUGCUACUAAAUCAUAGUUUAAAAACAAAACAAACCUAAUAAUGUUGUCAUUGUUGCUAUCCGAUUCCAUAGCAGCAGUCACUAAAUUGGAAACAAAGGUUGCAACAUGACAAAAAAAAAAGUGUAGUAUUUACCAGCACCAUUCAGUAAUACAGCCUUAACCAUACCUCCUUGAACUACUUCAUAACUUGUCAAGAAAAGCAGUUUGCAGCAAGGGCAUGUGGGAUGCACCUAGUAUUAAAAUUGCUUUGUCUUAAAAUUGAGGUGAGGAUAUUAAAAACUUGUUGUGAAGAAGAAUGUUUAUCUCAGAGUGAAGAUACUGUGGCUGAAAAGUACUAGUUUGAUACUUAAGAUUUUAAUGACCAAAACCCUCCGACUUUGAAGCUGAAGAAGGUAAACUUCUCCAUUAUUACAGUGCAAGUGUGGACUCACCAGUGCAUUGACUGUCUAGUUACUUAUCAGCCUGUUUCUUUUGAUGGAGGACUUCAAAUGGGGGAGGGAACUCUGUUUCUGUUUGCCUGAUUCAAGUGUCUGAGAAACAAAUCUUGUUCUUCUAGGCUGCAAUGGAAAAACUUUUAACAGGGUUUUGGCAUUUCCUUUUCUUUAUAAAACAUGCUCAGCAAACUGCACCAGUUAACUACAGUUUGGUAAAUUGUUAUGUUAACAAUUAUGACAUCUGCAAUGUUUUAUAAAGCAACUAAUUUAAUAAAAUCACUAUUGUGAGGACUUAAA